GCCUGAUAGAGAACCAACUGAACGAACCGCUGAAAAUCAACCAGGAAGCGCUACAGAUACUGCAGGACAUUCAGCAGCCGGUUGUAGUUGUUGCUAUCGUGGGGCUGUACCGCACUGGGAAGUCUUUCCUCAUGAACAAGCUGGCAGGAAAGGACAAAGGUUUUUCUCUGGGCGCUACUAUACAAGCACACACCAUGGGCAUCUGGAUGUGGUGCCUUCCUCACCCCAAAAAACCCGGCCACACCCUCGUGCUGCUGGACACAGAAGGACUGGGCGAUGUGGAGAAGAGCAAUACCCAGAACGACUCGUGGAUAUUUGCCCUCUCUGUUCUGCUGAGCAGCAUUCUUGUGUACAACAGCAUGGGCACCAUUGACCAGUGUGCACUGGAAAAACUACAGUAUGUGACAGAGCUGACUAAGUGCAUCAAGGUGAAGUCUACAUCCUCGGGGCACUCUAAGAAAGACGCUACGGAUGACUUUCUCAGGUUCUUUCCAGCAUUCGUCUGGGCUGUGCGCGACUUCUGCUUGGAGCUGGAACUCGACGGAUACCCCAUAACUCCGGACGAAUAUCUGGAGAAUGCCUUGAGGAGGAGGAAGGGCAGCCCUGAAAAGCUGGACCUUGCCAAGAAGUGCAUCCGCCAGUACUUCCCCAGCCGCAAGUGCUUCGUCUUCGACCGCCCCACCGUACGCGAAGACCUGAAGCAUCUGGAGAAACUGCCUGAAUCAAGGCUGCUUCCUGGCUUCGUGAAGGAUAUGCACACCUUCCUUCAACACAUAUAUGAAAACGCUGACGCCAAAGUGAUCCAGGGAGGGCAUGUGGCGACUGGGACGUUGUUAGGAAACCUGGCAGUGACUUACGUGGAUGCCAUCCGCAGUGGGACAGUGCCCUGUAUUGAAAAUGCAGUCCUGGCCUUGGCCCAGAUUGAGAACUCAGCAGCCGUGCAAGAAGCCAUCAAACGCUACGAGGAGAUGAAGGAGCAACUGGUGAAGCUGCCUACUGAGACCAUGGAAGAGUUGCUGAAAGCCCACAGCCAGAGCGAGAAGGAAGCCAUCAAAGUGUUCAUGGCCCGUUCCUUCAACGACGAGGGUCAAGAGUACCAGAAACAACUGGGGUUGAUGUUGGAGUCCAAGCUUCAGGAAUUGUGUUCUUCCAAUGGGAGGGCAUCGCUAGAUUGUUGCCAGGCUCUGCUCAAACAGCUGUUCCGGGACCUGGAGCAAAAGAUAGCUGAUGGAAUCUACACACUACCUGGUGGUUACCAGCAGUUCCUGAAUGACCAGAAAGAACAAAUAGAGAUGUAUCAGGAAGUUCCUGGGAAAGGACUAAUGGCUUCCAGAGCCCUGCAAGACUACCUGAAGUCUCAGGAGGGAGCAGCCCAAUCUAUCCUGAAGGCUGACCGUAAUCUGACAGAAAAAGAGAAGGAAGCUGAAGUGGAACGAGUCCGGGCUCAAGCAGCGGAACAGGAAGCCGAGCUGCACAAGAAACUGAAAGAAGAGACCCUCAAAAUGGCCGAGGAGAAAGAAAAGAGUUAUGAGGAGCACAAGAGACAGUUAAUUGCCAAGAUGGAGGAGGACAGGAAGAAUCAACAACAAGAGUACGAAAGGAUGUUGAAUGCAAAGUUGCAGGAGGAGAGACGCCUUUUGCAAGAAGGAUUCAAUACGGAAGCCACAAGAAUGCAGAGGGAGAUGGAGCAACUGAGAGCCCAGCUGAGGGAAACCCGGUCCAAGCCUUGCGUAUUGCUUUGA